GGGCGAUAAUCACGUCGCGAGGAAGGAGUACGAUCACAGCCUGAAGAAGUACCAGUGUCUCGUCACAAAGCAAGAGCAGCUGCUGAGAGUCGCCUUCUACAUCCUGCUCAACCUUGCGGAGGACAUCAAACUGGAGAUGAAGAUGGUGAACAAGAAUGUCGUCGGGAUGCUGGUGAAGUCGUUGGAGAGAGAUGGAGUGGAGCUGCUGCUGCUUGCCGUCACCUUCCUCAAGAAGCUGUCCAUGUUCCGUAGAGAACAAGAACCAUAUUUGCAGGCGGAUUUGAACGUCGUCGAGAAAGUGUCUAAGCUGGUGCCGUGCGAGAACCCCGACCUUCUCAACGCCACGCUGCGGCUCCUCCUCAACCUCUCCUUCGACAGUGAGCUCCGAGGAAAAAUGAUCAAGGUCGGCCUGCUGCCGAAACUAGUCUCCCUCAUACAUUCCAAGCACAGGGUGAUAGUGUUGAGCAUCCUGUAUCACAUCAGCAUGGAUGACCGCUGCAAGUCUCUCUUCACGUACACCGACUGCAUACCCAUCGUGAUGAAGUUGGUGAUGGACUGCGAGGAGGAGCACGCUGAGAUUGAGCUUCUCGCUCUGUGCGCGAACCUCGCCGCUAACCGCCGCAACGCGCAGCUGAUGUGUGAGGCUGGGGGCGGGCUGCGGCUGCUCAUGCGUCGCGCCUUCCGCUUCAAGGACUGCCUGCUCAUGAAGGUCGUGCGCAGCGUCGCGCAGCACGACGGACCCACGCGUAACCUGUUCGUGGAGUAUGUGAGUGACCUGGCUAACGCGGUCGUGCGCUGCGACAGUGAGGACUUCAUCAUAGAGGUGCUGGGAUGUCUCGCCAACCUUGUCAUCGCAGAUCUAGACUACGAGCUGCUGCUGAGAGAGUACGAGCUCGUGCCGUGGCUGCGCGAACGCCUCCGCCCCGGUGCUGUGGACGAUGACCUCAUCAUGGAGUGUGUGCUGCUGGUAUCAACGUGUUGCUCGGACGACCAGUGCGCGACGAUGCUCGCUAACGAGGGAUUCGUUACCGCCCUCGUCGAUCUACUGCACGCGAAGCAGGAGGACGAUGAAUUCGUGUGUCAGCUGAUGCACUGCUGCUACCGACUCGUGCGGCACCCACAGACGCGCGCUCGCGUGCUGCGUACGCACGCUCCAGACUACAUGCUCGACCUGAUGUUCGAUCCGAAUCCCGUCGUGCGCUCCGUCGUCAACGACACGCUCGAGAUCAUCGCCGAGCACGAUGAGACGUGGGCGAAGAAGAUACAGAGCGAGCGUUUCCGGCACCACAACGAGAACUGGCUGGACAUGGUGGAGUCUCGGCAGGCGGAGGACACGGCCCACGACAUGUACGGCGAGGACGAGAUAGGUCCCUACCUGCAGGAGGGCAUGCUCGACCGCCCAGACCUCUUCUACGGAGAGGGACACGACAGCGUGACACUGCAGGGAGACGGCAACCUGUCGCCGGACUACGUCGUCGACGAGGUGUUCUCUAACGGCGGCGCGGCGGAAUUCCUCGGCCACCACGCCUACCCUAGGUCGGAGUUUGAGGUGGACGAUCAGUAUGACCGGCCCAUGAACCCGUUCGGACAACCCACCGUGCCAGGCUACGGGGUCAGCAACUUGGAGGGAAGCUUCGUCGAUCGAUUCUAGACUCCAGACAGACCUCUACCCACCACACAGCAAGGACACGCACGCCCUGCACGCACGGACACGCGCAUGCAUGCACAAGCAUGCACGUGUGCACUCACGCACGUGGCAUCGACGUACGAAAUGUUUUGCUCCGAUUCUUCGGAUUUUUUCGGAAUUUACGUCGAUUUGUGCCGUGUUACGAGUAAACUUUCUAGUCUAGAGUCGAGCGUAGGAUUCCAGAAUUCUGGUGCCUCGUUGUCGGAAACAAAAUUAAGUCUUAACGUUAGUUUUAAUUUUUGGGAUUUUUCUCGUAGACCACUGACAAUAACUUGGUGAGUUUUAUCAUGGGUAUUGAAAACCCAUGUUCUGUUUGAGUAUGUAGAACAUAGUCUAUAGAGUCUGUAUAGUCUGUAUAGAGGUCUGGUCUACAAGAAAACUUUAAGGUAGAACGUAUAGUGAUGUUAAAACUGAUGGUGGGACUAAUCUUGUUUCUGACGACUGAGCCCCAGGCUAGUCGAACGCCUCAACUUCAUCUUGCCUGCUUCAUGCAUUCUUCCGAUCUUUGUGUAAACACGUGUAAUAUCGUAACCUCGUGAGUAUUAGUCUUCAAAGUCCAAGGGACUAUAUCGAAGACGAAUGUGUUGAUAUACGAAGUCGUCGUUUAGAAAUUAUUCUUCAUUUGAAAGAAUGCUGGGGGGCUUGUUGCCAGAAAGGUCGCAAAUAGUUUAUAUAUAGCUAUCUAUGAUAUAUAUCAAGAUAUAUAUAUAUCAGGAGUAGAUAAUAGGGA